UAACACAGAUAUUAUAUAUACUGUAGGUAAUUUUUUCAACGAUGUGGAUACAGCUGCUGUUGCUUUUGUCAGCAAUUUUAAAUGUAUAUGGAAUAGAAUCUUUUCAUGGUGAUGCAGAAAAGAACAAUGCAGAUACAAUUAUAUCUAUGGAUGAUAUGGUUGUUAGUGCAAAGUAUGACAAAGAUACACAGUCUAAGAUUCAAACAAAUGAAGAAGCACCUCCCCCUGGACAUAUGAAACCUUUAGGUGAACACGCUACACCAAGGGUUGGUGAGAUAGCAGAACUUGAUUACAUGAUUGGUGGUAAAGACUUUUAUGAAUUCUUUUUAAGAAAGCGUAAACCUGUAGUCUUCAGAGGAAUCACAUCUGAAUGGAUGGCUACAAAACAGUGGAAAAACGAAAGUUAUUUAUUAAAAGAAUAUUCGAAUGUUUUGUUUGAUGUGGAAACAAAGAAAAUUUAUAAUCAUGAUCUUCAUCCUCGUAAAACUAUGGAUUUUAAAGAAUUUCUUGCUUCAUACAAAAAUAAGACUUUGUAUCUUGAUUCACCUUUCCCUCAGUCUCCCAUGAUGAAAGAUUUGAAGUUGCCAUUGAUGAUGCAAUGUGAAGUGUUGCAUGAAUCAUUCACCAGCAUGCAUUUGUUGUACUCAAAUGGGGGCACAAGUUCGCCAUUGCAUGCUGAUGGUUAUGAAAAUUUUCUUUCUGUUUUUUCUGGCACAAAAGUUGUAUAUGUUAUUGAUCCUAAAUUUGGCCAUACAUUGUACAUGUCAGUGGUUAAAGAUUUUCCUGGACUGUCUCCAAUUAAUCCAGAAGCAGUAGAUUUCAUCAAGUAUCCUAAAUUUUAUGGUGUGCCUUUCCACAAGAUUGUAUUGAAUGCUGGUGAUAUUUUGUAUAUUCCUCAAGGCUGGUAUCACCAAGUUCGUUCUUACGACUCUCCAAAUAUUGCGACUUCAAUGUGGUUUCAGUACUUUACAAGAAUUUAUCAAGUUGAUUUUGCUUAUCGGGAUCAUCUUGGACAAGAAACAGAGUUUUCAAGGAUAGUUGAAGAAGCUCCUGAGCGUAUUGAAUGUGUUGAUCAAAACAUUCAUUUACAGUCUUACCAUGAAAUAAAUUUGAACAAAAUGGCGCUGAAACGAAAAGAAGAGAGGCAUAAUAAAACCAGUGUGUUAGUCAAUAAAACUGUCUUGUAUGAAGAGGUUCGCCUCGACCAACCAACUAUAUUUGUUGGCUCAGAUGACAAACAUAUAUACGCUAUGGACAUGCGCACUGGAAGUGUCAAAUGGAAGGUGGAAACAGCUGAAGAUACUGGGUCGAUGUGCGAAUUCAGUUUAGACGGUACCCUUGUCUAUUGUGGAGCAGACGAUUCUUAUAUGCGUGCAAUUACAAUUAAAAAUGGUGUCGUUGCUUGGGCGUUUAAGACAGGUGGAGCGGUUAUCUCUUCUGUCAUGGUGGAUUCCAACGGGGAUCUUUACUUUGGUUCAUUGGAUUCUUACAUGUAUGCAUUGUACCCUAACGGUACUUUAAAAUGGAGAAAGUAUAUGCGAGGCGCCAUGUGGAGUUCUUCCGCUCAACAUCCAGUUGAAGAUUUUCUAUACAUAUCGACACAAUCCUCGGACAUCGCGUUUAAUAUCUUUGCACUACAAAAAAGUUCUGGUAAAGUAAUGUGGAAAAAGUUCGGUGAUGGAGGGUUCACAUCGUCUCCAAAAUUAAGUCAAAAUGGAAACUAUGUUUUUUUUGUGAGCGCAGCAAGUGUUGUGUAUAUGCUGGAUUCAUUACAUGGCACCGUGCUUCACAAGAUGCAGUUAGAUGAAAACGUCACUGUGAUGGCCUCACCUGCUGUGCAUGGCAAUAAUAUUGUUUAUGUUUUAAUGAUGUCUGGUCGAUUGCUUGCGGUCAAUGUGGUGGAGAGUGAAAUUAUUUGGGAAAAAAUGAUAGGUGUUGGAAAAAUGGGCGCUUCGUCUAGUCCUUACCUUGGUGCAGACGGCGCGUUAUAUGCUGGUAGCGGAAACGGAACAGUGUAUAAGUUUCAACCUUUAGAUGGUAGCAUUGAAUGGAAGACAAAUGUUGCUACCGAAAUAUUUUUUAGUUCCCCUCGCCUUUCAAAAGACGACAUGUUGUUUAUAGGUAGUGUAGAUGGGCCCUUACAUGCUUUAAAUUCAAAGACAGGCGAGAUAAUAUGGUCAACACGUACUAACGGUCCGCUUGCAGGCACGGUGCAGAUAACUCGGGGUUUUAUUUGAGCAUUCUAGAGUAGGUUGUUACAAUAAUUGGCUCUGUAGUUGUUUUUGUUUUAUUCUUAUUAUUUUUUAUUAAAAUUAUAUUUUUUUAAAUCUCUCUAUAUGCAUUAAGUCUGAAAACGCUUCUCGUGUAAACAAAGCACCUAGCACUAGCCUUUUAAGCAACGACGAUUUAAAUAAAAGAAUGCAAUCUUAUUUUAAUAUAAAAUAUUUUUAAUACCUUGUCUCUUUACUGUAGAACCAGAAUUUCCAUCUGUGUAUUAAAUAGUGUCUUGAAUUUUCAACAUUACUUGUUUAUUAUUUGCUCUUACUACUGUGUAGCAUGCGUUUUGCAAUUAAUUGUUUUCUUGACAGGAAAAGGUAUGUCCAUGAACCCUAAAACUCUUAGAUGUCGAAACUUCGGUUUAUGGGUCAAAAUCCAGAUUAAUGCUGCUUAAAAAGCUGUCCUUUAUUUAUUUAUUUUUUUACUUUAUAUUAUUUAUUAUUCUUUAUUGUAUACUUUAAAAUUUAAAUUUUUAGAUAAUUAAUUUAUUAACAACAGUCUCUGCAAGAAA